GAGCUGAUAUUAGUGGUUCUCUUGCUGCUACUCCUGAUCGCCAUCAUCAACUACGACAUGGAGGUUGGAUACAGGUUGUGCUACCAUGGCGACUUUCAGGUGGCUAAAGAUCGUAAAACAAUUUUGAAAGAGAAGGAGCAAGCCGAUUGGUUGUUGCACAUCAUUGUACCUGAACAUGUGGCUGAACAGUUGAAGCACAACAAACAUUACUGCGAGAACCACAAGGACGUUGGCGUCAUAUUCGCCAAGAUAUCGAACUUUGAAGAUUUUUAUGAUGAGUCCUACGAAGGAGGCAAAGAAUAUUUGCGCGUGUUGAAUGAGAUGAUGGGAGACUUCGAAGAGUUGUUCGAUCUCCCACAGUACAAAGAUGUUGAGAAGAUCAAAACCAUCGGCAGCUGUCUCAUGGCUGCUUCUGGACUCAACCCGAGAACGCGCAAACAGAACAAAGACCCAGACGCCCACCUGUACGCACUGAUCGACUUUGCAAUGGCCAUCAUAAAAAAGGUGGAAGCGUUCAAUCGCGACAUCUUUAACUUCAACUUCGAGAUGAAGAUCGGCUUCAACUGUGGCGAGGUGACGGCGGGAGUCAUCGGCACUGAGAAGUUGCUGUACGACAUCUGGGGUGAUACCGUCAAUAUUGCCAGUCGUAUGUACUCCACUGGCGAACAUGAUAAGAUACAGGUAACUGAAGAAAUUGCAAACCGAUUGUCCUCCAAGUUUGACUUUGAGUUCAGAGGUCAGACGUACGUCAAGGGCAAAGGUGACAUGAAUACCUACCUUCUGGUUGAUAAGAAGAAGGGGGCGACGUGGGGCUAGGUCGUCUCACGGGUGCGAUUGUUUAAUGCAAAGAGAAUGAUUGGUACUCACUCAAGAUGUAUCACUUAAUUACGAUUUGACUGUGUAUAUCAUUUUUUAUCUUUUGUCCGUUAAUUUAUGUACUUGUCUAUUCAUUUGACAUUUCUUUCAUUUGUGAAAAAUAAGCUAUAAUAAGAGAUAAAUUAUUAUUGUCACUAUGUUUAGUUAUUUAUUUAUUCAUUCAUUUAUUUAUUUGUUUAUUUAUUUAAUUACCCAUUAAUUUAUUUGUUUUUAUAAAUUUGUAUUUUCACACAUAUUAUAAUACACGAACAGUUAAAUGAACGUAACGAAUGAAAAAAUAGAUGAAUAGAACACACACACACACACGCAUACACGCACGCACGCACACAUACACGCACAAUAAAUAUAU